AUGGAAGAGGACGACAAAAAAAUCCACUUUGGAUUCUUUAAGAAAGACUCAAAAAAAGAUAUGGAGACAGACAGCCCGAGCACACGAGACGAGGAAAAAAUUGACAAGAGCGGAGGAAUAAGUGCGAAAAUCGGAACCCUCUUCUCGAGUUUUACGUCGUCGAAACCGUCUUCUCACAAAUCAAGUAAGAAGAUCAAAAAGUCCGAAGCGCCGUCGCAACCGUCGUACCCAAGGGAAUACGAUUUACUCACAUCGGGCCAAUUCCAAAGCGAGAGCGCAGCGCCUAAAGACACUUCAUAUAUGACAGAAGGCACAACGGAGACGACGGAUACGAUGGGGUCGAUGUCCUCCUUUUCAACGACUCUAGAAUAUAACAGAGGUACUGUUCUCCCGGAGGAGAUGCAAGAGUGCCAAGAGUUCUUCAUGGGCCGCAACACGAAAACGCCGGAAAGGUAUAUGGCGAUCCGGAAUCAAAUCAUCGACUUGUGGAAUGAGUCGAAGCCAAACUACUUAUCUAAAACACAAGUCCGCAUGAAGCUGAAAGACUGUGGCGAUGUCAAUGCGAUUGGGAGGAUACACAACUUCUUAGAGAAGGCGGGGUGGAUUAAUUCUGGUCCAGUAGUGGGCAAAUACAUCAGAUCCAAAAAUAGAAUACAGAAAAAGAGUGCGACGGGGAUGGCAAUGCACCACUCGGAGGGGAUCAGAAGUGGCUCCGCGUCUUUAGUGAAUGACGUUGAACAAUGUGGAAGCUUGAAACUUUCAGAAGAGAUCCCAAUGUUCGAUGACAGUCAUAUCAUCUUAGACAACGCUUUGUUACUCAUCAUGGAUUUACACUGUAGACUUAUUAAUCAUCCUGUCGGGCUUUUGUUGGGUCAACAAAUGACACCACUCCUCUUCAUAGUCGAGGCCGUAUUCCCAAUGAAUGUCGGACUCAUGCAGAUGCCUCCCAGUGAAAAGGUCAUCGGCAUCUAUCACACAAAUCUCGACGUCUUGCCUUUGGAAUUCUCGGGGUUUUACCCACUUUGGAAAUUCGAAGUCAUUUACAUGGCUCACAACUCGACUUUUCACUUCUUUAAUAAGGCAAAAGGGGGAAUGGAGGUGAAAACUAUUGAGGUCAUCAAGAAGGAAACAGCAAAGACGGACUUGGAGAGAAGUCCAUUUGUUGGACUCAUCAUGAACGCAUACGUUAUGUCACAGCUCAACACUGCAUAG